CUCUCUCUCUCCUCCCUCUCUCCCACGUACAGUCACACAAACAUACACAGAGACAGACAGCACCACACACUCAGACACAAUUACACACGAGCAACAAGCAGCAGUCUAAGGACUAAUGCAGCCAGAGGCAGAAGAUGGCUGACCUGACAGCAGGGCAACCUCUGACUAGCAGCCUGGCAUCCCCAACCCUCCCUUCUGAGCUCCCUCCUCAUACCAACCCUGACGUCUUUCACCUCUAAAUAGAGGAGGGAGUGUGUGUUGGGGGGGGGGGAUUGCCACUUCACUUUCACACACCCCUCAAUCUUCACUUUGAUUCCUGCAGCCAUUUCAUCAGCACAAAGUAGACAAAAAAUGGCAGAAAUGGAGAAAGAAGGGAGACCCCCUGAAAAUAAAAGAAGCAGAAAGCCUGCCCACCCUGUGAAAAGAGAGAUCAACGAGGAGAUGAAGGAUUGUUUGCACAGAUUACAUGUAACUGCAGAAAAACCUACCAAGAACUUUGCAGAAAAUACCAUGAAUGAGCUUCUUGGUUGGUAUGGAUAUGACAAGGUGGAACUAAAUGAUGGAGAAGAUAUUGAAUUCAAAAACUACCAUCCAGACGGGGAAGGCAGGCAGCAUAUUUCUGUUCUCAAAGAAAAUUCUUUGCCAAAACCAAAAUUACCAGAGGACAGUGUUAUAUCACCAUACAAUACAAAUAUAAACUAUUCAGGGUUUACUACAGGAAAUGGGAUUGCAGAAUUACCAGCAGGGUCAAAGGAUCAUGGGAAUAUGCCAAUCGUGGUACCUUUAAUUCCUCCUCCCUUCAUGAAACCACCAGCAGAGGACGAUGUGUCAAAUGCACAAAUUAUGUGUGCUUGGUGCCAGAAAGUUGGAAUAAAACGAUAUUCCUUGAGCAUGGGCAGUGAGGUGAAAAGCUUCUGCAGCGAAAAGUGCUUUGCAGCCUGUCGAAGGGCAUACUUCAAAAGGAACAAGGCUAGAGAUGAAGAUGGACAUGGUGAAAAUUUCCCCCAGCAGCACUAUGCUAAGGAAACUCCGAGACUUGCCUUCAAGAAUAACUGCGAGCUACUUGUAUGUGAUUGGUGUAAACACAUAAGACAUACAAAGGAGUAUCUGGAUUUUGGGGACGGGGAAAGGAGGCUUCAGUUCUGUAGUGCAAAGUGCUUAAAUCAAUAUAAAAUGGACAUUUUCUACAAAGAGACACAAGCCAAUCUCCCAGCUGGACUGUGUAACACGUUACAUCCUCCAGUUGACAAUAAAACAGAAGGUACGGGGGUACAGCUGCUAACUCCGGAUUCUUGGAACAUAUCAUUGACAGAUGCUCGUCGAAAGAUUCCUUCCCCAUUGUCUGCAGCUGGCCAAGUUCAAGGUCCUGGAUCAUCAGCCUCUACCACUGCGUCUCCAUCUGAAACUGCCAACAGUUCUGCUACUAAAAUCCCUACACCAGUUCCCAAAUCUAUUCCCGUUAAUGAAAGCCCAAGUAUACCCUCGGUUCCUGUCCCACCACCUGCCAGUAUUGUGCCUCCCAUGGGUGUACCACCCAGGAGUCCUCCUAUGAUCAUGACAAACAGAGGCCCGGUUCCCCUCCCCAUAUUUAUGGAGCAACAAAUUAUACAGCAAAUACGCCCACCUUUUCUUAGAGGUCUCCAUGGCUCAAAUCCUAACAGCCCUUUGCCCAAUCCAAUGAUUCCUGGCAUGGGUCCACCACCAGGUGGUCCCAGAGUGAUGGGCCCCACCUCUAGUCCUAUGCAUAGACCAAUGCUGUCACCUCAUAUACAUCCACCAACUACACCUACAAUUCCAGGCAACCCCCCUGGAUUGCUUCCACCACACCCUCCCGGAGGUCCCUUGCCUAGUCUUCCUUUCCCGCCCAUGGGUAUGAUGCCAAAUGGCCCUAUGCAUAUGCCACAGAUGGUAAACUUUGGAUUACCAUCUCUUGCCCCAUUGGUGCCACCGCCAACUCUUUUAGUGCCAUACCCUGUUAUUGUUCCCUUACCUGUACCAAUACCUAUUCCGAUUCCUAUUCCUCAUGUAGUUGAUUCCAAACCUCCAAAUGACUUCUCUCGCAAUGGUGAAAGCAUCAUUCCAAGUUCAUCUACUGAGUCUCCAGGGUUAAAGCCAAAGGAUAAUUCUUUGCCUCCAAGGGAAUCAAAACAAAGGUCGUUAAAAUCUUCAGACUCUUCACCUGGUGGUUCAGGGCACUCUUCUCACCAGGCACUGGGGCUUCAGGAACAAACAAAAGCUGAAGUUGUGGAUUUGACCAGAAGAGCAGCAAGCCCAGAGAAUAGCAAACUCAACAUCCCCAAUACAUUUCAGGUUCCACAGGACGAAGUCAUUGACUUAACUGUGGCACACAGGUCUAGACUUCAUCAUGUAAUUCACAGAGCUAUUAACACUCAGAUGAAACUUGAACUUGAACCCAACAGUGUUGUUAACUUGGCGUUUGGUAAUUCAGAUAAAAAUAACUGUAGUGACUGUAGGGACAAUUGUAGUCCAGUGGAAACAAAAACAUACACACCUAGUGACUCGGCAUAUUGUAGUCCUAUCUCACUUGUCUCCAGCACUCCAGGACAUGAAACCAGUGCUGCUGUCUGCAAUGUCAUUGUGAAUGGUACAAAAAGCACAGAAGGUUCUAAAACCUCUCAUGAGCAAAAAAGGACUCCGCUAGACAAGGAGCCAGUUGUUAGCGAACUGGAAUCUGUAAAAGAAAACAACUGUGCUUCAAAUUGUCACCUCGAGUUAGAAACCAGCAAGAAGAGUCUUACAGAAGAGACCCUUAUUGCUGGUGAUAAACAAGACCCCAAUUCAAACAACCCUGCAGAUGAGGACCAUGCUUACGCUUUGCGGAUGUUGCCUAAGACGGGCUGCGUUAUCCAGCCUGUGCCAAAACCAGCAGAAAAGACUGCUAUGACACCAUGUAUAAUCCCAACACCAAUUCUCACCACAGGGACAGAGGAUCUGGAGCCACCACUCAAAAGAAGGUGCCUCCGUAUUCGAAAUCAAAAUAAAUGAAGGAUGCGAGGAGCAGGGUAUCUUACUGAGAGACUGAGAGCAACGCAGGCCAUGUUAUGUCACCCAACUACACCAGCUGGUCCACCUGUCCUGUACUUCUAAAUUUCAUUGCCUUCUCUAGAAAGCUUGCUUCUCUUUCGACCCACUGUUCUGCAAGGAAAGCCACCCCAUGUAGGAUCCAACGCAUUCCUCCCAUCUUCAGUUUCACUUCCCCAUCUUCAUUGUUCUCAAAAUUAAAAUAUGGACCAACGUAGUACCCGUCCCUCUUAGUAUUUUAAGGUUCCGAGACAGCGAACUGGAAAUUAAUGUGGAUAUUUUUUUUUUUUUUUUUUUUUUAGGGACUAUUAUGGUUUUGCUGCUACAAUGAGAAUUGUAAUUUGUAUUAAGCUUUUGAACUGUUGAAAGGGGUAAAAGGUUUUGGAUUGGAGUAGCAACACUUCAGAGUCAUCUCCCCAUUACCCAAGAUGCACUUUUAAUUGAAGCAUUUAUAAAAGAUUUAUGGGCUAUUAGUAUUGUAGUUUUUUUAUUUUAAUGAAGGCCAUCUUUAUGUCUAAUGCCAUAUUUUCAGUGUUAGGUGUUUAUGGACUAUAAUCCUUAAACUAGUUCAAUU